AUGUCAACGAAAAAUGAGUCAGAUGACAAAACAAAAACUACCGAGAAGGAUCUUGACCGCCUCUCUUACAGUCAAGACACUGCAGUCAACACCCAAAAUGGAAUCCAACUACCCGUCGGGUUCGAAAUCCUAGAUCCAUCAUUCACUGUAGCUGGAUUUCUCCUGUCAAAAAAUAUUAUUGCCUCACCAACCUCCGUCCCAAAGAUUCCCUAUUUCCAAUCGCCAUUCAGUUGGUCACACCGGAAGAAGGUAACAAUUCUUUCUGGAGCUUUCAUGGCAUCAACACUUGCAUCCUACUCCUCUGGUGCAUAUGCAAUGGCAUCGGAGCCUUUAAGAAAUAAAUGGAACCUCGGUGACACACAAUUCAACGCUGGCAUUACACUCUUUGUCACAGGGUUUGCCAUUGCACCAAUGGUACUUGCCCCCGUGAGCGAAGUACAUGGCCGGUACUGGGUCUUUGUCGGAUCCGGAAUUGUGUUCUUUCUUGGAAGUUUGGGAUGCGCUGUAACAGAAAGCUUUGCUGGGAUGAUGGUAGCCCGUCUAAUUACGGGCAAUGGCGCCGCUGUUUUUGCAACGCUCACUGGAGGUGUUGUCAGCGACCUUUACCGAAAAGAAGAUCGCAACACUCCAAUGGCCUUAUACUCACUUUCCAUAAUGAUCGGCACUGGGCUGGGACCUCUGGUCAGUGGUGCAAUCGUGGAUCGUCUGGGAUGGAGGUGGAUCUUUUAUCUCCAGCUCAUCACCAUUGGGACUGCAACUACCAUCAUAUUCUUCCUUUUCCAAGAAACUCGAAGCAAUGUAUUACUAAGGAGAAAGUGCAUCUCACUGAACAGCGUGCAGUACAAGACACGAAAUGGAACUAUGGUGAGCUUUUGUCCAUCGGUCGAAGAGAACUUACACAUCGAUAUUGGUAUGGUAUGGCGAAGUCUCGCAUUUCCGCUGCGUCUGCUGGUUACAGAAUCAAUCUUGUUUUGGUUCUCGCUAUGGGUUUCUUUUGCUUGGGCAAUCUUGUACAUGCAGUUCAGCAGCAUUGGACUCGUUUUUCGAGGUGUUUAUGGGUUUGACAGUACUCAAGUUGGAGCAGUGUACGCGGCAAUCGUUGUUGGGUCGAUUCUAAGCAUUACGAUGGCCGUCAUACAGGAACCCCUCACCCGUUGGAUAUUACCUCAUAAAACGCUAUCUGCCACACCUGAGCAACGGCUACUUUCCCCAUGCAUUCAAUCCAUUCUUCUACCCAUAGGAUUAUUCUGGUUCUUCAUGUCUGCUAGGACUGACGUAAGUUGGAUUUCUCCGACACUGGCAAUUGGGUCUUGCACAAUGGGUAUCUACAGCAUCUAUCUGGCGGUUUUCAAUUACUUGGCAGACACAUAUCACAGUUACGCUUCAUCAGCUCUGGCGGCUCAGAGUCUAUGUCGGAAUUUAUUGGGAGGAAUAUUUCCAUUACUUACAGCAAGGAUGAUCAACUCCUUGACAUUGACAGGUACAGGAGGUCUAUUGGGAGGUCUUGGGCUGCUCUUGACUGCUAUUCCAUGGCUUCUAUACUUUUACGGACGGGGGAUUAGAGCUCGCAGUCCUUUUGCAAAGGAAAUGGAGUGA